GCGCGGGGCCCUAGGCCGGCCCUGCCUCCCCAGGCACACUCAACACUGCCGCUCCCGCAGCACAGAAACACAGCCAUCAACUCCAGCACACGCCUGGUGGUGGGCGCCUGUAGUCCCAGCUACUGGGGAGGCUGAGGCAGGAGAAUGGCGUGAACCCGGGAGGCGGAGCUUGCAGUGAGCCGAGAUCUUGCCACUGCACUCCAGCCUCGGUGACACAGCGAGACUCCGUCUCAAAAAAACAAAAACAAACAAACAAAAACUUUAUACAGGGAAACGUGCCCAACGGCGAGUGCGCAGCUCAGUGAAUUUCUUCCAGCUAAACACAUCGGAUCAGGAGCAGGCAUUCCCCCGCCCCCCACCCAGUCCCCGCUUCGCCUGUGCCCAUGCUGUCCUCCGGCGGGGCCUUCCCAACUGCACCCUUAGCUGCUCCUCACCCCCACGCCCCCCUUUCUCCCUCCCUCCUCCCCCACCCCUCCUGCCCCGAGCAGAAGGAGGGCCCGCCAGGAUGUGGGAUGUGGCUCCGCUCCUCGCUCUUGCUUCAGGAGGGCUCCAGCAAGGGCACCAGUGCCCGCGGCCUCUUCUCCCGCCCCGUUCCCUGGUGCUGCCUUACCUGAGUGUCGAGUAUCCCAUCUCCAAGUGUCUGUUUUGUCAGGACCCCCCUUCCCCAUGUCUUAAUAAGCCUCAGGACGCCCCGUUCCUCAUAUCUUCUUGAGCCUCCCCCCAGUCCCUGAUGCCCACAGGAUCAUGACACUGCCAUAGCCAGGGAUUCCAGAGUUCACCUCUGUACCCCUAAAGCCCAGGUUCUGCCUGGCAGUGUGGCCGCCCUCCAGUCAUCUCAGAUGGAUGAGGCCGAUAUGCCAGAUCUCCAUUACAAGCUCAUAAUGAAUCACAGAAGAAAGCCCUCCUGCUUUCCAGAUGGCCCCUCAGGAAACCACCCUUCCAGGGCCUCUGCUCCCUUGGGCGCUCGCUGGGUCUGCAUCAACGGAGUGUGGGUAGAGCCGGGAGGACCCAGCCCUGCCAGGGUGAAGGAGGGCUCCUCACGGACACACAGGCCAGGAGGCAAGCGUGGGCGCCUUGCGGGCGGUAGCGCCGACACUGUGCGCUCUCCUGCAGACAGCCUCUCCACGUCAAGCUUCCAGUCUGUCAAGUCCAUCUCUAAUUCAGUGACUGGCCUUGUAGGGUCUGACUUGCAGCCAACUCUCAAGGCAAGGCCAGGCCCCAGCCCGGCUCCUUCAACAAGCAAGAUUCAAAAGCUGACGUCCCCCAGAAGGCGGACCUGGAAGAGGAGCCCCUACUUCACAACAGCAAGCUGGACAAGGUUCCUGGGGUACAAGGGCAGGCCAGGAGCUGCCUGUAUGGGGAACAGCCAGCACCAGGGCAGGCAGAUGGGGGCGGGGGCACACCCCCCAAUGAUCCUGCCCCUUCCCCUGCGAAAGCCCACCACACUUAGGCAGUGCGAAGUGCUCAUCCGCGAGCUGUGGAAUACCAACCUCCUGCAGACCCAAGAGCUGCAGCACCUCAAGUCCCUCCUGGAAGGGAGCCAGAGGCCCCAGGCGGCCCCGGAGGAAGCUAGCUUUCCCAGGGACCAAGAAGCCACGCAUUUCCCCAAGGUCUCCACCAAGAGCCUCUCCAAGAAAUGCCUGCUUCUGAGCCCACCUGUGGCGGAGUGUGCCAUCCUGCCCGCACUGAAGCAGACCCGGAAGAACAACUUUGCCGAGAGGCAGAAGAGGCUGCAGGCAAUGCAGAAACACCGCCUGCAUCGCUCAGUGCUUUGAGCCACCCGCAUCUGGUCAGUGCCAGGCCCACCAACCUGCAGCUGGAGACUGGCUCUCUAUAGCAUUUCCUGAUAUUUCCGCUACUUUUAGGCCUGGCUAAAUUCCAAGAUAGAUAACACUCAAGAUAGAUAAAGUACUUGAUCUCCAAACUGACAAACUGUUUAUUUUCUAGCUGUUAUUUUGCUAUUUGGCAUUUACAUAAAAGCACAUGAUGAAGUAGGUCUCGCCUUACCUGUUGAAACUGAAAAUAAAGCUUGUUUAUUUCCAA